AUGGAGACCGACGGAGUUAGCCCGCAGACGAAUUGGGAGACUGACAGCCCCGUAGGGGCAGCAGUUUUACUCGUUAUUGGGGAACCGGUUACUGAUGAUCACCAAAAUGUCAUAUUAGGAGAAAUAACGAAAGGAUUCCGUUGUUGGGAUGAAGAUCAGACUGGCAUUGACAUCAAUGAUGAGUUGGCGAGGAUUGCAAACAGGGCCUCAAUGGGAGAGGAGGGACCCAAUGAUGAGAGGACAAUCCAACACCGAUCAGAGAAGGUUGCUAUGGAAAUCCUUGUUAACCCUCGUCUUCAAACCUUGCAACAAUCCCUACAAACCUUCCUGAUGAUGCCUGCUGGUAUUCGACACCUUAUUUAUGCUGGGCACUACUUUGGUGGUAGUGGAUCCUGGGUCCUACAGGAUGACUGCUUCACCGUAUCUCAGCUGGGGCGUCUCUGCAAAGAUAGCGACAUUGAGGCAGCUUUGAAACAGCAGGAUGGUGGCAAGAUGACAAUUUAUUGUAACACAGGAGGGGAAUGGAAAAGCUCUAAUAUCAGCAAACUUGAUGUCUGUAAAAGCCUCACUCUGGAGCUAAAUCCGGAGGAAAAGUUGUCAGAUGUCAAUGGCAUUUUACAGUUUACGACAUACAUAGGUAGCUUUAUACAUGCUAAAACCAUCCAGCAGUUAAUGCGUACAUCAGACGUUGUAGGUAACAUUCGAUUCAGCAAGCCGACCCUGUACAUUUUCCCAGCCUGUGAAGGAGACUCUGCUAUGUUUGGUAUCAGUGGCUUCAAUCUUUUAGUCAAUGGUGGAUACAGCAGGAAAUCCUGUUUUUGGGACUUUGCCCGCCAUCUUGAUCGUAUUGAUGCUGUACUUAUGACCCAUCUCGGUGCUGAUAAUAUUUUUGGUAUAAGCUCUGUUCUGAGAAGGAAGAGCAUGGAGACAAUCCAUCCUGACAUAGGCUUUAUGUACUUAAAUGCUUCUGACAAGGCAGGUGAUGCCGAGCUCAAUGGUUUCAGUGAUAAAGAGCCCCAGCUAGCUAUUAAUUUAGCAGAAGAGGGGAGCAAGUUACUGGAAUUUUCAAAGAACCUUAUACCCACACCUCAGCCCUGUUCCCGAGUUGGCACAACUUCAACUGUCAUGCCUGUGAACCUGUAUCACAAAGUUGGCCACGGAUCCUUGGACAUGUACAUACUGAACCCUGUGUCUGACAGCAAAGAGCUAAAGGAUUUUUACCAACAAUGGAACAAGCAGGUGAUGGAGUUUGGCUCUACCCAGAAUGUACCACUUCCAAACAUGCUGUCAAUCUGCUGCUUACUAGUGUGGCAACCAUCCGAUCCAGAUGCAGACAUCAACCGCCUUUUCUUCCCAGGAAAUGCCCCGCAACAUAAGAUUAUUGAGGGACUGGAAAAAUUAAAACACUUGAAAUUCUUAAAGAAAGCAACGUGUACACCAAAAGAUCUGGAAGCUAAGCCUGCUCCAAAGAAAGCCAGUGGAUCAGCUGGGCGCCCAGCAUCAGCUAAAACAGCCGCAAAACCAACACCAGAGAAGAAAGUUGAGAAUAAAUCUACCCCUAGACCUGCUGCAACAAGCAGAUCAAACAAAGUAUCAAAGGAAGAUGAAAAUAAGAAGAAGGCAGAGGACAAGAUAACAAAAUCUAAACCCUCCCUCCUUAACAAAACAGCUUCAAAAUCUACUAAAGCCGAUCCACCUGCCCCAAAGAAACCAGCAAGCUCAACACCAAAGAAGCCAUCUCCUACUGAGGCUAAAAAGAAACCAAUGUCAACACAGUCACCACGACCCUCUGCUAAAAAAGAAGCAGAAAAAUCAACACCAAGCAAACAGAAAACACCAUCCCCAGAACGAAAAUCCCCAAUGCCUGUAGCAAGUGUGGCUCCAGUUGUUGCUUCACAAGAACCACUUGUGGAACCAGUACAGGAAGUGGUACCUCCUGCUGUUGAUCUUUUGUCAGGGACCCAAACUUCACUUAUAGAUAUCACCCCAGAAGAACCACUGAAAUCCAUGGCUGACACCCUAGUACCCCAACAAGAACCCUUAGUGGAUUCAGAGAAGAAGUCGGAGUCCCCAGAUCCUCUGCCUGACCCAAAUCAAUAUGAAGUUGCUCCAGACCAGGGGGAGAGCUCCCUUAUGUAUGGCUCAUUUCACCAGGACCUACAGAAUGACCUGUUGGCUCCACAGGAUGUCUCUGUAGAGAAUGGAGAUCACGAUUACGAGACUGGCCUCAUACAGCCAGAAUCUUUACCAGAACCUGUAGCAUACUCCCCCCAAGAACCUGACUUAAUACCAGAAAUGUCCCCCAUUACAAAGGAACCGCUUUGCCCUGAAGUCCCUCAAUCAAAUGUUGGGGAUAUUCCAGUAGAGCCAGAUGUUGUACCAUCCUUCAAAAAUGAACCUGACUUUCAACCAUCAGUUCAGGAUGUAGACAGACCUGUCUCUUUAGAUGAUGUUCAGGACCAGGUCCCUAGUGAUCCUCCAAGCAGGGAAUCUCCAGACAUGGUAGAGGAAAAUGCCAUACAACCAGCGAAGGACAAUUUUGAUCUUUAUGCCACAAAUUACAAAAUGGAGGCAGAUACUCAAAUGGAAGAAUUGAAGCAAGUCUCUCCUGUUGACGAGGCUAAUGUUCCUGAUUUUCAGAAACAAGAAGAUGUUAUAACUGAUGGACAACUGGACAUGAAACCUGCAGAACAACUAGAGAAAGAUAUGCCAGAACAAGUAGAGGAAGAUGUCAUAGAACAGAAAUCUCAUGUACAAGAAGAAGUGAUGCCUGCAGAUCCACUGAAUUACAUGCAAGAAGAACAGAAUGUUAAAGAUCAGGAACUUGAUGUACAUGAAGAGAUGAAACCUGCAGAUCUUGUAGAUGAUGUGGCAGAGGAACAAAAUAUUAGAGAUGAAGAACUUGAUGUACAUGAAGAGACAAAACCUGUAGAUCCUGUAGAUGAUAUGCCAAAAGAACAAAAUAUUAGAGAUGAAGAACUUGAUGUACAUGAAGAGAUAAAACCUGCAGAUCCUGUAGAUGAUGUGGCAGAAGAACAAAAUAUUAGAGAUGAAGAACUUGAUGUACAUGAAGAGAUAAAACCUGCAGAUCCUGUAGCUGAUAUGCUAGAAGAACAAAAUCUGAAAGAUCAAGUACUUGAAGAUUCUUUGGACAAUAUGCCAGAAGAACAAGAGGAAGAUGUUGCAGAGCAGGUGCAUGAUGUACAAGAGGAUGUGAUAUCUGCCGAUCCUCUGGAGGAUAUGCCAGAAAAAGAGGAAGUUCUAAUUAAGGAUUCUGAGACUCCUGAAGUUUCACCUUUCGCUAUAGUGCAAGAACAACCACAAGAAAAGGCUGAUGUGUCUGACCAUGCUCUGGAUGAUGUUGAUGACGAAGAUGAGGGAGAUGUCUCACCAGAUGAAAUGGAUAGUCAGGGUGAUGUUAGGGAGACAGUUCUUCCUGAAGAUGACACUCAAGAGGAUGUUUCACCAUAUGCCUUUGAGAACAAAGGCUUUACAGAGGCGUCUUGUGAAGAAGUUGGGGAUGAACCUUCCACAGAGCCAGUUGAAGACUUUCAGUCUGACGAUGGGCAUCAGUGUGCUGAUGCAUUUGAAAAAGACGAAGACAUCAAAGAUGAUCUUAAAGAGCUUGAGGAGACAGAAGAUGUAGCAGAUGGAGGAGCUGUGUCACAUGAUGAUGUUAAGGUUAUAGAUGAUUCUUUGGAGGAAAGUCAGCAACAGAAUGGAGACUAUUUGGAAGUAUCAAACAUUCCUGAAGCCUUCGAGAAAGAUGAAACCCCUGAUCCAGUGGAUCUGAAAUCCGAGGACUCGCAAGAAGAAGAUGAAGGACUUCCAGAGCAAGAUGAAGGUAAUGAUGACUACCAGGCAGGAGCUUACAGUUCCUUAAUAGGUAUGCAGGAAAAGCAGCCAGAACCUAGCACAGAGUCUAACUUUAAUCCAUUCACUGGCAUAAAUGACAGUGCACCACAUCAGGCCAGCCCAGCAGAUGGAGCAGCUGCAGCGUUUGAUCCAUUCUUACCUGAUAACACACAAAGUACCAACCCCUUUACCUGUUCUGGUCAGCCUUUAGAUCCCUUCCAAGGGGGGACUAAUGGACAGGGCUUUGAUCCUAAAGAGUGGGGAGAACCAAUGGGGCUGCCUGCUCCACCACCUCCCGAGGGGUCUCCUGGGCCAACAGCCAAUGGUAAAGCCACAGAGAAGAGCACACAUAAAGCCAAAUCUGGAGCAACUAAGAGACCAGAUUCUGCAAAGUUAAACAGGUCAAAAUUAGGAGACAAGCCAGAGAAAAAUGGUGCACCUUCCACUACUAAAACUGCUAAGACAAAUGGUGUGAAAUCCACUACCACAAAGGCCCGCCCAUCUAGUGCGGCUACUUCUUCAUCAUCAGAGUCCAAAGCCAAGUCUACAGGCAGAAGACCAGCAACAGCCACUGGCAGUCGAGCAUCCCCUGCCACUUUCAAGAGCCCUCCUCUUCCACCCAUGACUCCCUUCUACAUGGACUUAUCUUACAUACCAAACCAUGGAAAUCCCCAGUACAGUGACAUAGAGUUCUUCAAACGUAUCCGAGCCAGGUACUACGUCCUCAGCUCCCUGUCCCCCAACUCACAAGUGCUGAACGCCCUCCUGGAUGCCAAACAGACAUGGGAGGACAAGGACCUCAAAGUCACCAUCAUCCCAACGUAUGACAAUGACACCAUACGCCACUGGAUGGGACUCAACAAGGACCGCCUCUGUGAUCUCAAUGUUGAUGUUGCCCCGUCUGCCUCUAGAUGUACAAUCCAGCUACAGGACCAUGAGACAAGCUGCUCUGCCUUCCGGCUUGAGUUUUGAAAACAGAUGUGAGAGUGUGCAUCUGAGGGGUCAGUUAUACGUCAAACUCUGGUUGAUCAAGAUGCUCACUUUCAUUUCAGUUAGGAAAGAUUAUGUAGCUAUUAACAAUGAUCAUGAGUAGUCAUAAGAUCAAGCCAUUCAUGGGUUUCUGAUUCUGAUAGAUAAGAAAUCGGAUACAUUGUCUUGAUACACCUGAAAAAUGUUGAUGAUCUGCAGCAAAUCAUCUUUUCCGAUGUUUGUUGUUUCAUUCUUGUUGAUCAUCAGUGAAUGUGGUCAGCUCUCGGACCCUAUUUUCUGUGUGAUUCUGUUGACCUUAAGUAGUCAUGGGCUGCUGUGACCUGCCAAUGGCUGUGUGAAUGUGCUCUCUGUGUGUCAUGGGACAAGCUAAAUAUAUAAGGCCCCAGUCAUGUACAGGUAAGAGAGGUUGUAGGACAUGAUAAAAAGCCAGUCACCAAGUAGGACUGUUCAUUGUUCUACUUAUAAAUCUGGAGAUAUGUCCUGUAGGUGAUUAUAAGUUUGCUAGGGAAAUGCCAACAAUGCAUGGACUUUUAGUAAAAUACAUCCAAAAAAAUUUGAUGAUUGCUAAACGUAGAGGUUCCAUGUACAUGUUCUGCUCUUUUUGUCAUUUUGUAGUGCAGUUCUAUGUACAUGCUAAGGACCAACCUUUUGUUUGGAAGACACCAUAUACAUGUCAGGGGCCUACUGUAUGGUUUGGAAUGGGUUCACCAUAUCCAUACCUGGAACCUGCAGUAUGGUUUUGUAUGUAGUCACCAUAUACAUGCCAGGGGCCUACUGUAUGAUUUGAUAUGGAGUCGCCUUUACAUGCCACGGACUGCAGUCUUCCCAGUCACAUUAAUAAGGAGAUUGUUUGCAUGUGUUUGAAUGGAUAAUUAUGGUAUAAAAAUUGUAUGUACAUGAUGUGGGUCCCUAUACAUGUUUCGAGCUUUAGCUCUGAAUGCUUGGGCCUUUGGAUCACAAGAUGUGAUCAUCAAGUCUUUUUUGCAUGCAAUGGCAUGGGCCAUAUAACAUGCAUGGUACAAGGGGGCCUAUCAAGGUCUUUAAAGAUGCUUGAUCAUGUCUGCCGUGAAGCACAUUGUGGGGCCAGUUAUUAGGGGUUGUUUAUGGUACGAGGUCCAUAUGAGUAGUCGGAAAAGAUGUCCAGAAGUGGGGCCAAGUGUGAAGGGCCUCAGAAUAAACUGUGUCUGUUGGGUUGAGAUCUAAGUAAACUGUGUUUGUUGGUUAGUGUAUGUUUUAGUGCUGGCGACUGUAGUAUAUAUGAGAAAGCUUGCAAUAUGAUGAAUGUGCUAACAUAUUGAUUUAUAAACAUUUAUUUGUAUUGUAUUGAAAUUCGGUUUUUCAUUCACUUAUUUUAGUGUUAUCGUGACCUUUUUUCAUAUUUUGUAUUUAUUUCAAAUAAAUGUAUUAUUGUAUACUUUUAAACCACGAAGCCUGUUGUAGAUAAGUUACACGAGUAUUUAUAGCUGUUUCCAUGGAACUCUUUUUUCUAGACAGUCUUUAUCCUUCAAAGGAUCAUAAAGCAACUAAAAGCUUGAUUGUCAACUAUUUUUGCUUUAUUCUAUGCUUUUGUGAAUGAAGUUGUGUUACUUGUUAAGUCAGUAUCAUCUAUUGAUUUUCCAAGUAAUGUUUUGAAAAAACCCUAGUUUAUAUACAUAUAUAGUUGUGAUGAAGAUUUUGAUUUGAAAAUUAUUUUCAAUACGUAAUUGUAUUUAUGAGUUAAGUUGGUUUUUUCUCUGUCAGUGGAAGAGAAUCUAGUCAAAUCAUUUUCAUUUUAAAUGAUCUUAUUUCCUCAUUAGACUUGCAUACUGUAACAAAUCUAUUAUAAUAUAAUAUCAGAAUAGUGUCGUAAUAAAUCUAUUAUAAUAUAAUAUCAGAAUAGUGUCAUAACAAAUCUAUUAUAAUAUAAUAUCAGAAUAGUGUCGUAACAAUUCUGUAAUAAUGUAAUAUCAGAAUAGUGUCUGUAAUCUGUAAUGAUAUAAUAAUACAAUAAUGUCUUUUGUAUAUGAUACCAAUGUUUAGCAUAAUGACUUACAAGUCCAAGUCAUUAUUUCAUUGGCCAACAAAAUCCUUGUAGUAGAUCUGGUACCUGAGGUUGAAAAAUCCUUCAGCAAUUAAAUACACCGAAAUAUUCUCCGGUAAUGCAGUCUCUGAGAAAGGAAUAAUGAUUUGACCUUUUGGUUACACCAAACAGAAAUUUCUUAGGAGGAAUGAUGACCUGUAUGUAAGAAGCACCAGAUCCCGGUCAGUUUUGUGGUGCUAUGUCUUAGAAAAUGGACAUUUUUCCUGUAAACAGAGAUUUUACCUGGCAUUGUUUCAGAAUUCUACUUUCGAUACCCAGAAAACAUAUUGAUUUUCUAUGGUGUAAUGACUCAGCUCCAUGUAGAUUACAAUUAUGUUACAGGUUGUAUAAUUAACUCAUCUUUCUGUUUGAUGUCAAAUUGCAUUACUUUGUACCUUUUUUUCUAAUUUUGUUUUCAAAUCCGUGUUGAAGAACAUGAUUUAAUGAUUGUGGUAUGUGUGUAAUGGAGUACUGUAUAUUUACAUUGUUUCUCAGACAUCUGGGUAGUUUGCAUGGAUACCCCAGAAACAGAACUGACUGUACCUGAUGGUUAAAACAACUAGCACAACUGGAGAAGGAUUCCUUUUCUCCAUCUCUAUCAAGUCUCUGCCUAGACUACACCCUGUAAUGUGGACAAGGAUUCGGAAAGGAACCACCAAUGAGUGUUCUUUACUUGUAUAUUUAGUCUAUGAUGUUCUUGUGUGGUUAGAUUUAUGAAGCAACGACACAAAAAUAGGAUUUGCCUGCUAUGUGUUAACAAGUAGCCAAACAGCUACACAUAUUUCAUUAUUGCGUAAUACUUUUAAUUCUGUGACUUCUCGAAUUUUUCCUUGGAGGAUAUUGCUUCUAUGUGUACUACCGUUUUCUUAAUUUUCAUGGUCAAAAACCAUGACAAUCUAAUCAACAGUUUCAAUGACCUAUGUUCAUCACUGCAAACUGUGAAUAUCAAGUUUUUAAAUGUAGAAGAAACACUAAACGGAAUUAAUUUCCACAGAAAGUUCUGAUGAGGUAAAUCUCCACCUUGACAUAUUACUUUUUACUGUAAUCUCAUUGAAUUUAUAUAUAAAAAUUAACAAAGAUAAUACCAUUAUUGAAUUUUAUGUUCACGCAUUGAUGAGCAGAUAUUAACAAAGAUAAUACCAUUAUUGAAUUUUAUGAAGAAAAUCAAGUGCCAAAGUAAAUGUAUAUGUUUGGAAAAAAAUAUAUGUUUAGUAAGAUGUGAUGCCUAUCAGAUGAUAGCUGUCAACUUUACCGUUUAUGUUUAGGCCAAGCAAAUUCACAUGUUCAGGACAUAAUCUGCCCUAUUAGAAUGAUACACUUACAAUUUGUCAUGUAUGUGUGUAGAUCUAAGUUUACAAUAUUAAGGCAAUCAUUUUUUGGGUACAUGGAAUUUAAGUUUAAAGUAUUUAAAUCUUUUGAAGUUUAUUAAGAAUACAUAUAUAAUUUUUGUUAUCAAAACCAAUUUAUAGUACUUUACACUACGAGCUUUUACUUAACUAACAUGCAUCGAUUACGAGAUAUAUGUAUCGAUUUGAUCACAUGUACUGGCACGAUGGCGGUGUUUGUUGUCCGUCACUUGAGUGAAAAUAUUCUUUCAUUUUACAAUGACUCUUUCUAAUGCACAAGGAAGUUAAAGGAAGAGAAAUUGUUAACAUGAAUGUUUAUUUUUGUGCUGAUAUUUACAUUAAUAUGAUUUAACCAUUUGUGCAGAGAAAGAAGACAGACAUUAGAUGUGACUCUCAUUUACCUAGAAGUAUGCAAUACAACAGAAGCCUUUAUUUCAUUUUAAUGGUUUAGCUUGAAGGCAGACUGAAAGUUCUACUUUAUCAUGUGUUCAUCUUUACUCCUUUUUACGUAAAACAGAUCUAUGAGUGCUUUCAAUCAGAAAUUUUCUAUAUAAUACUUUGAAUCAAUUGUAAGAUGCCUGCCAUAUUUGAUGAAAAGUAUUAUAUUAAGAUAUGCAUAUACUUAUAUAUAUAUAUAUAUAUUAUACAUUUAAUGGUAUGGAUGAUAUUGUGUUGUGCUAUUUUGUGAAAUGUUAUGUAUUGAAAGUUGAUUCUGUCUGUUUCUUAUAUGUUUUACUUUCUUUUUUUUUCCUUCGCCAUUUUUGGCUUUUGUGAUUUUUUGUGGAAUGCCAUUUGGUACAAUUACGUGAUUGAAGGGAGAUAACUACUCAACAUUCUGUUAUGAAAAGGAAAACACAAUUCACUUGUAACUGAUUACAAUGUUGGUUUUGCUUUCAAUGAAAUGAGUGUCUGAUUUCCUAUGCUUACAGCUGAUUAUGUACAAUCUUACUGUGCUUAUGUUAAAAGUAGUCAACACUGCCUUUAGUUGGAUCAGCCUGAUGAAUGCCUACAGUAAUAGGUUCUGCCUUUUUGUGUCCCCAUUUUUAAUUCUCAUCAGUUAUCUCCCCUUUCUACUUGCUGAUGUGGCAUGUUGAGUUCGUGUGUUAAAGUGACUAUUCCCUUGUAUAUGUUUCCAAGUGGCAAAUGCCUUCAGUAAAGUUAAAGUUAAACGACUGAAAA